CUUAUCGGUUAUCGGCAACCCAUCAGCAGGCCAGGUGAAAUCAGGAGAUAUUUAUUCAACAUUUAGCCGGCUCUACGUGGAAAUGUACGUGUGAAAUCGGCGAUCAGAGAAGCAAGCUAAUCAACUGAGGCCUCUGGCUCCUAUAUCUGACGCAAGUGACCCGGAAUCCCCGGCGGGAACAGUACCUGCGUUUAAGAUAAGUUUCCUGUAGAAGAUUAGCCAACAUUUCACCGAUCAUGGCAACGGUGGCCCUGCUUUCGCGGCAGCGUCUGCUCGCUUGCUCCUUGAGGCUAUACAGCGGUGUCCACUCCAGGUGCCUAACAGUGAUCCCCAGAACCACGAGUUCCACAAGCGACUCCAGGCCUUUUGCAAACCGCCAAAGCCGGCUCCUGCCCGCCGUUACCACCCGCUUUAACCACAAAUCGGCAGACCCGACGGCGGCGACUGCUUCGCCCUCCACGGUGAACAGCUCUCCCAGCGAUAAGGAUGCGAAGCCGACCACCAGCACCUCGUCCAGCGAUCUCUUCGGCGAGGCAGCCAACAUGGGCCUGUUCGCCAAGUUCAAGCACAUGUACAAACAGUACUGGUACGUGCUCAUCCCGGUGCAUGUCCUGACCUCGGUGGGAUGGUUUGGCGGCUUCUACUACCUGUCCAAGAGUGGCGUCGAUGUGCCCGCUCUGUUGCAGUACAUUCACCUAAGCGAGAACAUUAUCGAGAAGGUGCAGGGCUCUGAUAUGGGCCACUAUGCCAUCGCCUAUCUCUGCUACAAGGUGGCCACGCCCCUGCGCUACGCCCUCACUUUGGGCUGUACCACUGUGUCCAUCAAGUACCUGGUGCAGCACGGCUACAUCAAACCCAUGCCCACAAAGAGCGAGCUGAUAAAGAUGUACGAGGACAAGAAGGCAACGCGGGCCAGCGCCAAGGCGGAUAAGGCCGAGAAGGACGAGAGAAAAUGAUCCUCGGCCGCGGGCGACACCACUAUCUCGGCGGUGUCGUCGCCGUUGCCACAGUCACAAUAUCCCAAACCGCCGCCAUCGCUGCUGCCAUUGUCGAUGCCCCAAAGUAUCAGCGAUCAGCAGCGACCGGCCGCCGAUGACCGGCGUGCAGUUGACCUGUUGUCUUUUUUGUUUAACUGCCGCCGCUCUUGCUGGCACUGGUGCUCAACGAACCUAACUCAUGUCCGGAAUCACAGUCGAUCGCAAAAGCAGCAGCCGCCGCACUAAGUUGCCGAUGCAGAUACGUCCAAAUUCACACUUAAAACCAACAAUCCCCACCCAUCCCACGGAAUCCGAUUCAGAUACACCCUUGGAGUUGCAUGUGUAAUUUGCUUAUAGUUUCUGUUGCAGUUCAAAAACCGCUGGACAUCGUUAAUAAAAACCAACACAUAAAUCACGGAGAAACACGAAACAAAUACCUGCAGGACCUGGAGUUCAGUAGUAGUUUGUAUAGAUAUAUUUUUUAAAUGUAAGAAAGUUGUCGCAAAACAAUAAUAACUUAACUUUAUUAAAUUUAAAAUCAAAUAAAAAGAAGAGGCCGCUUCAAGGACGUAACCAAAGUCAUUUGAACGGGGGCCCAAAUUGUUGACAAAAAAUCAAA